AUGAAGCAGAAUAGGACUAGUCUUGCUGGUAUCCGAGUAGGACCAUUUCGAUAUAACUCACCAUGGACUCAAGUUACUAUCCUUGGGUUCAUCACUUUUUGUUCAGUUGGCAUGUUCUCUGCCGUUUCCAAUUUAGGUGCAGGUGGUACACAAGAUACUCAAUUGAGUGAUAUUGGGAAUGGUGUCCUUUACGGUUGUUUCGCGAUAAUGGGUUUCUUCGCUGGAUCUAUCAAUAAUAUACUUGGUCCACGAUUGACUUUAUCAAUUGGUACGAUGGGUUAUUCCCUUUAUAUUGGUUCGCUCUGGUGUUAUCAGGUCAAUGGGACUCGGUGGUUUCUCAUACUCGCUGGAGGUAUCUUGGGUAUCACUGCUGCUUUACUGUGGUCAGCGCAAGGAAGCAUAAUGAUGUCCUAUCCCCUCGAAAAAGACAAGGGAAGGUCAUUUGCCGUUUUUUGGUCUAUCUUUCAACUCGGUACCUUGGUGGGAGCAUCCAUCGCCUUGGGUAUACAGGCUCACUCGACCCUUCCUGGGGUAUCAACAGGGGUGUAUCUAGCAUUCAUGAUCAUCAUGUUAACUUCGAUAUUCACUUCUUGGCUCAUUCUCCCGCCUUACCUCGUCGUACGAGACGACGGCACUUUAGUCGAACUUCAUCAAGCUAUAAGUCCCCGAGCCGAAUUCCACGCUUUCAUCCUACUCCUCAAAGAUUGGCGGAUGAUUGCUCUCUUCCCAAUGUUCUUUGCCUCGAAUUAUUUCUACUCUUACCAAGGAGCAAUCACUGCUUUCCUCUUCAACGGUCGUACUCGUGCCCUUAUUUCCUUACUCACUGGCCUGGGUUCAAUAGUCGGUUCCAUAUUGAUCGGUCUCAUCCUUGAUCGACUUCCCUAUUCCCGUCGAAAACGUUCGUUUUGCGGUGUUGGGGUGGUCUUGCUUAUCAACAUCCUCACCUGGGGUGGAGGAUUAGGAUUUCAGGUCACGUUUCACAGAGCGGAUGGGAAGAAAAAUUGGGAUUGGACCACCGGAGAGGCAACAGGACCAAUCAUACUUCUCAUGGCUUAUUAUAUUGGGGAUGCGGCAUUCCAAGGUUUGGCAUAUUACACCAUGUCGGCGAUGUCAAAUGAUCCAUUCAAAUUGGCUCGUAUGGCGGGGUAUUACAAGGGUGUGCAAUCUGCCGGUUCGGCUGUAUCAUUUGGUAUGGACGCAGUAUCUGCUGCUUUCCUCACUGAACACCUCGUCUCUUGGCUCAUGCUACUUCUCUCCCUUCCUCUCUGCGCUUGGGUUCUGUUUCGCACUCGCGAGUCAAACUACGAAGUCGAACCUGUCCUCCGGGUGGAAGACAUCAAUGAAAAACUUGAGCCAACGGCUCUUCCUGUCGACUAUCAAGGAGAACAUCAUGAAGAACCACUACCAGCUAUCAAUGAACAGAAGAUACAAGAGGAUGAAGUUUGA